AUGGCAAAAGCCUAUGACCGGGUUGAAUGGCCAUUUGUGGAGCAUAUGAUGAGAAGGUUGGGAAUUGAUUUUGUCUUUCGGAGUUGGGUCAUGGAGUGCGUGUCUACUGUAACAUAUAGUGUGAUUGUUAAUGGUGAGGCUACAGGACAUAUUUUACCUUCCCGGGGUCUCCGUCAGGGUGAUCCCUUGUCUCCUUUCUUAUUCUUAUUAUGUGCCGAGGGCUUGUCAGCUAUGAUUAAGAAGCAGGAAGAGCGGGGUGCCUUGCAGGGCUUCCGAUUUCAUCCUCAAAGAGGUAGUAUUUCACAGUUGUUCUUCGCCGAUGAUUCGGUUAUAUUUUGCAAAGCUAAUGAACGUGAGGCUAGGUGCUUGAAAAAUAUUCUAGUUGACUAUGAGAAGGGGUCAGGUCAGUGUAUUAAUUUUGAUAAAAGUUCCCUCUUGUUUGGGAAAAAAUGUCAAGCUCGUGUCCGAAAGCAAGUGGGAGAAAUAUUACAGGUACAACAAAAGGAUGGGUUCGGACGAUAUUUGGGCCUCUCUGCAGAUUUUGGUGCGUCAAAACAGCGGGUCUUUGAGGAGGUACGCAACAAAAUUAAUGCCAAGCUUAUGGGGUGGUCUGAACAAUAUUUAUCGCAAGCUGGGAAGGAAGUGCUAAUCAAAGCCGUGGCCAUGGCUAUGCCGAAUUAUGCUAUGUCAUGUUUUCAGUUACCCAUUAAUUUAUGCAAGGAGAUAGAGAGGGAGAUCAUUCGAUAUUGGUGGAAGGGGCACAAGGAGCAUAAGGGUAUCCACUGGGUUGGUUGGCAACGUCUCAGUAUGUUGAAAGAAGCUGGGGGUAUAGGCUUUCGGGACCUUAGAUGCUUCAACCUAGCCAUGCUUGCAAAAAUUGGUUGGCGAAUUAUCAAAAACCCUGACUCACUGCUGGCCACUACUUAUCGGGACAAGUAUUUUAGAUCCUCAGAUUUCAUGAGCGCUGGCGGUGGUCGUGGGACGUCGUGGGGGUGGAAGGGUAUUUUGCAAGGACGGAAAAUAUUGGAGGCAAGCAUGAGAUGGCGUAGGCAAUGGACAUCAAGUUCGUACCUACACCCAGAGAUACCUGUUUUGGUGCAGGGACUUAUUGACGAUCAAACGAAGAUGUGGAAUCGAGAUCUUAUUUUGCGGUGUUUCAAUAGUGCGGAAGCCCAGACUAUAUUACCAUUACCUCUUAGCAGGUGGGGCUGUGAUGACAGACUAGUGUGGCAUUUUACUACGCAUGGUGGAUACUCAGUUCGUACCGGCUAUGAACUUGCUCUAACCUUACGGAAAAGUGGUGAGUUGGGGGGGAAAACGGAAGGGGAGUGCAGCUAUGGAAAUGAUCGGGAGAAAUUUUGGAAGAGCAUUUGGAGAUUGCAAGUACCGCCUAAACUUCGAGCAUUUGUUUGGAGGAGCUGUCGAAAUACUUUAGCAGUAAAAGGAAACUUGCGGCGUCGAUCAGUUGAUGUUGAUAAUACCUGCGUCCUUUGUGGCUAUGAAGGAGAGUCUCAAGUCCAUAUUUUCUUUCGAUGUGAGCAUGCUAGAGUUUUUUGGUUUGGAAGUUCCAUACAGCUGGAUGCUUCACAGUUGAUUGGGGAGGAGUUUAGUGAGUGCUGGGACAACUUAUUACAGAAGUAUGAGAAGCAUCAGAACUCUCAAGAAAUUUUACAGGUGGUGGUUUUUGGGUUAUGGAGGCUGUGGAAAACAAGAAAUAGUGCAGUGUUUGAAGGCUCUGUCAUGGACCCUACAACGAUGGUGGGAUGUCUCCAUGCGCAGGUGUAA